CGGGCGCAUCUACGUACGAGGGCUAGACUCAGAAAAGAAAAAAUCUACGUACGAGGGCGACGAGUUGCGAGAUGGCCAGCAGCCGCCGCUCGCCGAGGGCUGCGCCGCUGGACAACGACGAUUUGCUUUCCGAGAUCCUCCUCCGCCUCCCACCGCAGCCGUCCUUCCUCUCCCGCGCCUCGCUCGUCUACAAGCGCUGGCGCUCCCUCGUCUCCGACCCAGGCUUCCUCUCCCUCGUCUCGUCCUUCCUCCGCCGCUUCUGCGUCCACCACCGUCGCAACCCUCCCCUCCUCGGUUUCUUCAACACAGGAUUUCGCAAAACCUCCUUCGCGCCUACUCUCAUGGCCCCCGAUCGUGUCCCGCGCGGACGCUUCUCCUUGCCGUGGGGUGAUGUCAGCAGCUUCAGUCUCCUCAACUGCCGCCAUGGUCUCGUACUCAUCUUCGACGAGACGCGGCGCCAGUUCAUUGUGUGGGACCCUGUCACUGGCGACCAGCACCGCGUCGACGUUCCCGCGCCGUUAGAGAUCAACGGUGCCGUGCUUCGUGCCGCCGGAGACGUCAGACACUUCCAGGUGGUCUUUGUAGCAACACGCAACCACGGCAUAGAAGAUGGACAAGAAGCGCUCGUCUGUGUUUACUCGUCGGAGACCGGCGUGUGGGGUAACGGCAUCUCAACACCCAUUCCAUUCGGGCCUAGCCGGAGCUUAUUUGGCACCCAUAUAUCUACCAAGCCCGCUGUUCUGGUUGGCAACUCCCUUUACUGGACUCUCACUGGUUUUUGUUCAAGAAGUAUCCUUGAAUAUGAUCUUGAGAAGCAGAGCCUAGCUGUGAUACAGGAGCCGGACUAUGUGUGUGAAUAUUACUUCAUGGUCAUAAGGGCAGAUAGUGGUGGUCUGGGUUUCCUCAAUUUGUCGGAAUUCACCGCACAGUUGUGGGAGAGAAAGACUCGAUUGUGAUGGUGUUGCUUCGUGGCGGCUGGGAAGAACAAUUGAACUGGAUAAACUACUUCACCCGAAUCCUCCCCCGAUUCCAGGUGAGUAUGAUGAUGAUGAGCAGGAUGACAAGAUAAGAAUACUAGGGUUUGCUGAGGAAAAUAAUAUGGUGUUCGUGGGGACAUUGAUGGGCCUCUUUACGGUCCAGCUUCAGCCAUUGCGGUUCAAAAGACUAUCUCGAACAAGAAGUGAAACAACAUUGCAUUGUCAUCCAUUAGAAAGUGUCUAUACUGCAGCCGUUGGUGGUGAACAUGAUGGAGCUGAACUUUUGCACAACGCAUAAGAUGUCUGCCUAUGCUAUUACGAUGUAUUGCUUGAUCCGGUAAGCUUAUCUUCUGCAUGUUUGAGGUAGCUGAAAUUAAACUUUCGUUGUAAAUGAUGUUGUUUUACUUUUUAAUAGUUUUUCUCAAGUACCAAAUGAAAAACAGAGGAUUCCAAGAUUUUCUAUAUGACCCUUUGCUAAGCCAUUGCUCACCUGGCUACCUCCCGUCACACUCUCAUGGCAGCUAUGGAUCUCUUUUGUAUGCCUUGCCUCAUCAUCCCUUUCUCAGUAGCUUUCCAUUCCCUUCACACUCCUUAGGACUCCUCCCAUUUACUACUACUGGUACUGGCGUUUCUCCCUCUAGCUUCUCAGAUGACUGAUGACGUGGGACCCUUCCUCAUUCUCUAUUUGUAUGUCCUUGGUUGCUCAUAGAUGAGAAUGAUGUCAUGCUAAGUAGUAGCAGAAUAAAAUAUUUCCCUUUAUUGUGCUUCGUUGAUAUUUUUCGGUCUUACUAGUUGCUACAUUUUAGAUUGCAAUACUUGAAGAGCAUAUCCGCAUUAGACCUUAUACUAUUAUCUAUGUUUUGCUUGCAAUUAACAAUUUGUUAUGGACAAUUGUGCUAUUCUUAGCAGGCGUGCUUAAAUAUUUUCUCAAGAUGUAUCACUUCGUCAGUCUAAUCUCGCUUAUGUAAUUGGUCAUUUGACCAUUGGCCUAUAAUAUAGUUUGUCUGGUCCAAACUAGAAGUUGCAAUAGUUUCUGUGCAGUUCUGAUUUCUUCUAUUUCAGUUAUCACAAAUGCUUAAUAUUUUUUGCUGAACACAUAAAAAGUCACAUGGCUAGAUUCAUCAUGAACACUGCUUUCAACAAAUUUCCACCUUUUAGCUUUUGAUAUCAUAUUAUCAUCAAAUGCUUAAUAUUUUUUGCUGAACACAUAAAAAGUCACAUGGCUAGAUUCAUCAUGAACACUGCUUUCAACAAAUUUCCACCUUUUAGCUUUUGAUAUCAUAUUAUCAUCAAAAGUGAUGGUUAAAGUUUUUUUUAUUUAUGUUGUGCAGAUUUAAAAGUAUGACUUCUGUUUUUAAGGUAGUGUCAAUAUAUCUUCCCAUGAGUCCCUCAUAGUCUUAUGCUCGUCAUGAAAAUUAUCUAAUAAGGCAUGUUGUUCAGUAUUUGCCCCUAAGGUCACUGAUCAUGUAGCAUCUACUUAGAUCAGAGCAAGGAAGUUCUCAAUGUGUCAACAUUAACAAUAGAACUUGAAA